AUGGACAGCAACUUUAGCAUAUACGUCUCGUCUCCUCUCGUCACCUUCAUCGUCGGCCCUACAAGGAAGGAAGUCACUAUACACUCCGGCCCCCUAGCCAGCCUAUCAUCCACACUAGACUGUAUCCUAAACGGCCCAAUGCUAGAGGCAAAGACUCAUCAUGUCGACUGGUCGGAGGUGGUUGAUGAGGAUACAUUUAUUCGGCUGUGUGAGUACGCUUACGUGCGCGACUAUACGCCACCGUCGUGCACGGAAAGGUCUUACCAGACACUUGUAUCAGCAUCAGAAAUGCCAGAGCAACAAACUGAGGCUGGCGAAUGGAGUGGGUACUCUUCUCCAUCGAAAACAAAGAAAAGCACGCGGAAGAAAAAGAAAGGCUACCACUCGAGCCUCGAACCGUCAUCAGAGGAAAAGCCUCCUGAAGAUUACGUCGACGAAGCAACGGUCGCACAAGACGAGCCAGAAGAAGAAGUAGCGCAGACCCAUGAUCCCUUUAAUGGGUGUGUAUUACCCUACAGAGAAAAAAGUAUCUGGAGCGACUAUCUGCGGGACAGGUUCAAAAAUCUCAGCAUGCAAUAUACGAAUUCGUAUGACAAUGUCUUAUCCAAAAGAAAAGAAAAGUUUGCCCCAAGGGGCAAUUGUGAUCCUAAAGAUGAUUUUACGCCUGUCUUUCUUGGACAUACGAAGCUAUAUAUCUUAGCUGAUAAGUAUGGUAUUGUUUCGCUUGCGGAUUUGGUUCUGGAUAAGCUAGCGAUGACCUUGUCAUGCUUCACACUGUGCGAAGAUGAUAUAGGUGUAGUAGCUGAGUUGGUUCGGGCUUCUUAUCAAGGUACAAUGCCGAAUGAUGCUCUUAGGACAUUGGUAACAACCUAUAUUGUAUCUGUUCUUGGGCAAAUAGGUGAAAGUACCGGGUUCCAGGAGCUGCUGGCGGAGGGUGGGGAAUUUGUUGUUGAUUUCUGGCAUAUUAUCUGGGAAUGA